UCUAGAAUACGCCUUCUUAACAAGAAUGUGUAUUUGCGGUGUAGUACUUGGCGGUGUAACUAUUAAGUACCAAACGUAUGAAUGAUCAGCUGCAAACCGUCACCGAUUUAGCAUCCAUUUGUUUAUUUAUUUCAAUAGGAAAUUUGUGAGAUCCAUAAAUAUUUGUCACGGUAUUUUCUUUGUGCGAUGUCUUGCACCGCCGAGGAAAUCGCGGAGAAAAGAAAAAUUGCGAUCGAGCGUCUAAAUGCUAGGAAAAAUCCACAAAGCAAUAAUAUAUCUGCCCCUCUUACAAUUCCCUCAUCCAAACCAAUAUUUACACUGCCAUCAAAGCAGAGACAAGUAAUCGCAUCUCAAUCCAGCACUUCUUUCUACGGAAAAUCGCAUACUCCAAACAAUCAAAAAGUUUUUAAUUCUAACAACACUGUACAAAGCGGCAAUGCAUCAGCCGCAGGGAAAUUUAAAAAUGCGUUCAGCAGUGUUCAUGCACAGAGUCAUCCUUAUCAAAGAAACACGUCAACAAACAACGGAACCACCAAUAAAUUAGCGCCCGUUUUCACGAGGACCGUCACUUGCUCGUGCGCAAUGGUUUCCGAAAGUAGAUUUGUGGUUCAAGCAUCUGCCUUCAACGAGAAGCUGAUCGAUGUAUUCAAAAACAUUCCUUCGAAACAAUACGAUCCACUUACUAAAAACUGGUCCUUUAGCAUCCGCGAUCACGCGCUAGUCAUUGAGAAGGUGAGUGCCCUCAACCCGCACGUUUCGAUCGGUCCAAUCCCUUCCUUUGUGUUACGCAUUUUCAACGGGAAUCCACGUCCUGAUCCCAGCCGUGCCUGUCUGGACAUAAUCGAACCCAAAUUGUCGGGGGCGCUGUUGGAAUUUCAAAGGGAGGGUGUAUGUUUCGCCAUCGAUAAGGGCGGGAGAGCACUGAUAGCGGAUGAGAUGGGUUUGGGAAAAACCUACCAGGCGAUUGCAGUUGCUGAUUUUUACAAGGAAAACUGGCCACUUCUGAUUUGUACCACAGCAACAACACGGGAUGCGUGGUCUAGCAAAAUUCGCGAACUGUUGAUAUAUGUGCCAGCGCACAGUAUUGUCACGUUGCAGGGCAGUCAGGACUAUAUCGGGGAUGCCCGGAUUCUUAUUACCAGCUACACCAUGAUGGAGAAAUGCGCGGAAAAGCUAAUCGAGCGACGAUUUGGUUUCAUCAUCAUGGACGAAUCGCACACUUUAAAAAACUUCAAAGCCAAGUGUACGGCUGUGGCACAGGAGCUUGCGAAAAGAGCUAAGCGGGUGAUAUUACUCUCUGGAACUCCCGCACUGUCCCGACCGGUGGAAUUAUUUACGCAACUACAGAUGCUGGAUAAAAGCUUCUUUCAGUUCAAAGAGUACAGCACUCGUUACUGCGCCGGCAAGAAUACCAACUUCGGUUGGGAUGCUAGUGGACAGUCGAAUUUGCCAGAGCUAAAUCUGGUGCUGGCCGCCAAAUUCAUGAUUCGACGCACCAAGCAGGAAGUUAUGAGUCAAUUGGCCGAUAAGAGCCGAGAGACAGUGAUACUGGAUCCGUCACUGCUGUGGAAGAAUGAUGACACCGAGGAGGACUUGAACAGUUAUGCGGCGGAUUAUUCUUCCAGCAAGGGCCGCGAGAGAGAAGAGAUAUUGUUCAAGUAUUACCACGCGACCGCUGAAGCAAAAGCACCCGCUGUUUGUGCGUAUCUCAAACAAAUGCGGAAGGAAAAUCAGAAGUUUAUUAUCUUUGCACAUCACCUUCUGAUGUUGGAUGCUAUUUCUAAGUAUCUCACCAAACAUAAUGUGGAUCACAUAAGGAUUGACGGUACAACGAGGUCGAACCUAAGAUCAGAACUAGUGGACAGAUUCCAAACCAAAGACAAUUGCCGAGCGGCCGUUCUGUCGCUAAAGGCCUGCAACGCAGGCAUAACGUUGACUGCCGCGCAACUGGUGAUUUUCGCUGAACUCGAUUGGAACCCAAGCACGCUUGCCCAAGCGGAAAGCCGAGCUCAUCGGAUCGGCCAGGAAGGUAAUGUGAUUGUGCGGUAUCUGCUGGCGAAAGGAACCGCGGAUGACAUUAUCUGGACGAUGCUACAGAAGAAGCAAAACAUCCUGAACAAGGCCGGUCUUUGUAAUGAGGAUUUUUCCGAUUCCACCAACGUUAAUGCGCCCUGUUCCGCGGGAAAUAUUGAGCCAUAUCUGGAGAAACGUAGCAGUUCUGCAGGAACUUUAGACAAAUACGUGCUCAAAGAACCAAACCAUAACGUUAGUGGUGUGGGUAGCAUAAAGACUGAUAGCCAGGAGACAGCUUUUCAGAGCUUGUUGGACGACGGAGAAGAUGAUGAUUUAGUAGGACUAGAUUUCUAAAAACACAAUCGCCUUGUCAUUAUAUUGAUGAAAAAAUAAAUUUUUGUCGUUUUGUC